AUGGCAGCCAGCAUGAGAAAGAUCCUGGCCGACAUGGGGGAAGACCCGAAUCGGGAUGGGCUCCUCAAAUCGCCCGAACGAUACGCCCGCGCGAUGCUCUUCCUGACGAAAGGCUACCAUGAAAAUGUGUGGGACAUCGCCAAGAACGCCAUCUUCGAUGUUGACCACAACGAGAUCGUCGUUGUUCGGGACAUUGAAGUCUUCAGCAUGUGCGAGCACCAUCUAAUCCCAUUUAUGGGCAAGGUCCAUAUUGGGUAUAUCCCCAACGGUCAGGUACUGGGAUUGUCCAAGUUGGCUCGCAUCGCGGAAGUCUACGCGCGACGACUGCAGAUUCAAGAGCGUCUGACGGAGCAGAUUGCGCAGGCUGUCGAUCAAAUCCUGAAGCCACAGGGGGUGGUCGUUGUCAUCGAAUCCGCCCACAUGUGUAUGGUGAUGAGAGGGAUCCAGAAAACUAGCGCGGUAACUACGACAAGCUGUCGGACGGGAAUUUUCCGGAAGGAUAAGGCCGCUGAAGAGCAGUUUCAGUUUCUCCUCAAGCUACGGCACUAA